UGAAGACAAUGCCAAACUCAAGCUUACAUCUGAUGCUCCGUUCGCUGUUCCUGUCAUCUGAAAGAUGCAACGGAGGCCUGCCCCCUUUUAUACAAGGCAUAGACUCUGAGCAGACAUUUCAACAGCUUGAGCUCAGAAAUGUACUGACUUUGCCAGUUUGCACUAAGGAAGUGGUGAAAAUAUCAUCAGAGAAACAUCCAGAUAAAAGCAGAGACAAAAAUCAGAAUAUCAAACAAAAGAAUACAGCACCUGUUGAUUUAGGUUCUGCUGGGGAUGAUAGUCAAGAGAGUGAUGAAUCAGGGGACAGUGAAGAGGAGAGUGCAAUGUUGAAUUCAAUUAAAAAACGUUUGGCAGAAAAAUCUGCAGGUGAAGAUGAAAUUGAAGAUUUCAGUGUCGAUGAAGAUGAACUGGAUUUUGAUUUUCAGCUUGAUAAUGAAAUCUCCAAAAGUGUUUCGGAUGAUGAAGACGACGGAAUAAAUAUAAAAGGAGUAAGGAGAAAAUUGCCAGACAAGUUGGUUAAGAAAAGAGUUUCUGUUGUUGACGAUAAAUUUUUUAAGUUAUCAGAAGCUGAACAGUUUUUGGAUUCUGAGGAUUUGAAAGAGGAGAAGAGAAAGAAGAAAGAGGAGAGGGGGAAAGAUAAGACAGUUGAAGAAGAUGACGAUGAUGAUGAAGAAGGCGAAGAUGACGGUGAAGACAUUGACAUAUUUGGUGAAUUGGAUUCUGAUGAUGAUGCUCAGGGGGCUAAAUACGGAGACUUCUUUGACCCUCCUGAUGAUGCCAGUGCCGCAGAAGCAUCUAACGAGAAAGCUAACAGGUCACAGAGUGAUCUUGAUGAUUCUGAGUUAAAUCCAGAAGAUGAAAAUGUUGCAAGUUCUGAUGAUGAUGAUGAGGAGGAGGAGGAAGAGGUAAACGAUGAGGAAGAGGUGAAUGAGGAGGAGGAGAUGAGUGCUGAUGAGCAGGAAAUGAGUGAUAAUGCAGAAGAAUUGAGUAAUGAUGAGGGGGAGAUGAGUGAUGUUGAUGAGGAAGAAUCCGUUGCUGAGACAAAAGGUGACAAGAAAAAGAAAACCAAAGAAAGUACCAAAACAGCUAGUACUCUUAAAGAGAAUGACAAGAAAGUGACCUUCUCGAAUGAUUUAUUACAAAGUGACGAUGAAACAGAGAAGCCACUUGAUGCAAAGUCCCCUGCUCGAAAGUCAACUUUUGAGUUAAAACAAGAGAAGUUGCAAGCCAAAGCUAGGGAGAUGGAGGAGCAGAGCCUGAAAGAAGCUUCGUGGGAGCUUACUGGUGAAGUGUCCUCAUCAAAGCGCCCAGAAAACAGCUUGCUGGACACGGUGUUGGAUUUCCAGCACACGGCAAAAGCAGCUCCUGUCAUCACGGAUGAGACGACAAAGUCACUUGAAGACUACAUCAAGCAAAGGAUUAGAGACAAGACAUUUGAUGAUGUUGAGAGGAAAGAAAAGCCCAAAGAGGAUGUAUUUGAGUUCAAGAAGAGGAUCGUGCUAGACCAAGAGAAGAGCAAGCUAAGCCUGGGGGAACUCUAUGAGCAGGAGUUUGUCAAGCAGCAACAGACGGAAACAGAUGAAGUCAAAGCCGAUCCAGAAUGUGAGAAGAUAGAGAAGGAACUCAACAAGUUGUUUCAUCAGCUGGAUGCACUCAGUAACUACAGAUAUACACCAAUGCGGCCUGGCACAGAAGUCAAGAUCAUUGUCAACACACCAGCGAUCACCAUGGAAGAAGUAGCACCGGUUGCAACAGCAGACUCUGAGCUCUUGGCUCCUGAGGAAGUUUAUGGAAAGAAGAAAGGAGAGUUGAAAGCUGCAGAUGAAAGGUCGGCAACUGAUAAAAAGAGAGCUCUACGACAGAAAAAGAAGGACAAACGUGAACGGAAGAAGGCUAAGGAAAGCCGGGAGAAGGUCGUCGCAAAACUGAAACCUGGGCUGGGAAACAAACACAGCAAGGUCAAGGCUCUAAAACAGUUGGAGCAGAUAAGUAAAGUCGACAAAAAUAUCACAUUGAUAAAGGGUGAUCAGAAGAAAACAUCUUCAACAACAUUUUUCACUCAACUGCAAGAAGAAGUACAGACCAACGCCAAGUCAAAGAAAGCUGCCAAGGACAAAAAGAAGAAGGUUGUAGAUGCCAGCAAGUUGAUGUUAUAG